AGGCACUGCGUAGGGAGCGGAGAGGCUGCGGACGGCGGGGCGCUGUUGCGUGGGGGCGCUGCUGCGUGGGGCUCAACUGCGUGUGGGCGCUGCUGCGUGGGGCGCUGCUGCGCGGCGCUCAGUGGCUGGGUUAGCGCAGAGAGUUGCUUUGGUGCGAGCCCACAGCUCGUCCUGACCAAGGCCCCGGGAGCAGGAGAGGGUGGACUGCUGACUUGGGCGGUGGGGUGCGGUGAAGCCCCUGGGUCCUUGCGUUUUGCCGUCUCGCCCGAGUCCAGAGUGGCCCGGCGUCUGGGAAGGAGACUGUGCUGAGGCUGGACCCAGCUGUCCGAGGAGGAGACGCAGCCUCCGCCCCCCCCGGGAGGCGGAUUGGAACCUCGGUGCCUCCGUAUCCCCCACCCCUGUGGAGUUGCAAAGGACCCCCGCCUCUCCUGCCGUCGCAACUCCCUCCCUGGGCGAUCUUAAAUCCCAGGGGAAGGGCGAGUGCAGUAGGUGCGGUAGCCGCGCGCGGCAGUGAGCCGGGCCUCGCUCCCUCCAUCCCAACAGGUUUGGGGGCGGGGAGGAGGAGCUCAGAGCAGCUCCGAGCGGGCUGGACCCAAACUCCCGAUUUCUCUCUCCAUGGGGCUGCAGACGCUCUCCUGGAGCCCCUUCCGACCGAUGAACUGAGCUCAGGGGACGACCCUCAGUGGAAUUGCCAGGGCAUGGACUUGGGGACACUUGGUUAGACUCGAUGCAGCGAAGCGCGCCCCUUGGGGGACCACCUCGAAGGCUCUGACCCGGGAAGCCUUCUGGAGUUUUGUUUCUUCUUCCCUUGGAGAUGCACGAAUUGUUCCCUCCCUGCUCCUCCUCCUGCGAAGCCUUUGGAGGCAGUGAGCUCCCAUCCAGGGCCAGCUCUACGAGAGUGAAGAGACCCAGGCGUUUGAACUUGAGACUUUGUGCUUAUUCAAACUGAGACUUUCCUACCCUCACUCCACCAAGCACCCAUUUCUCAGACAGUGUUUGCUUUUGGCUGACGACUUUUGGGCCUAUUGGAUCGCCUCUCUCCCUUUUUAGAAAAGGGGGUGGGGAAGGAGACAGGUUGUUGUUUUUUUGUUUGUUUUUUAAAUCUACGGUACAGGGUUUCAGUCUCAGGGAACUUGCCCAUGGCUUUCUUGAUGAAGAAGAAGAAAUUUAAAUUUCAAACUACUUUUACUCUGGAGGAGCUGACUGCAGUCCCAUUCGUGAAUGGCGUGCUGUUCUGCAAAAUCCGGUUGUUGGAUGGCGGGGAUUUCGCCAGCUUGUCGUCCAGGGAGGAAGUGCAAGAGAAUUGUGUCCGAUGGAGGAAAAGGUUUACCUUUGUGUGUAAAAUGAGUGCUAAUCCAGCCACCGGCCUCCUGGAUCCCUGCAUCUGCAGAGUGUCUGUCCGAAAGGAGCUGAAAGGUGGGAAGGCCUACUCCAAGCUAGGAUUUGCCGACCUGAAUCUGGCUGAAUUUGCUGGCUCCGGUUCCACUGUCCGAUGUUGCUUAUUAGAAGGGUAUGAUACCAAGAACACCCGUCAGGACAACUCCAUCUUAAAGGUCACCAUUGGGAUGUCCUUGCUCUCUGGAGACCCCUGCUUUAAGACGCCACCUUCCACAGCCAAGUCUAUCAUCAUCCCCAGCCAGGACACGUCCCUACAGUUGACCUGUAAGGGCGAGGGUACGUGUAGCGGCAGCAGUGCGGCCAGUGGCUCCACGACCCUCACGGGGCCCCGGCAAACCAAGGCGAGACCCACCAUCCUUGGAUCAGGGGUCCCUGAAGAGCCAGAUCAGAACUUGUCAAGCCCAGAGGAAGUGUUCCACUCCGGCCAUUCCCGUAACUCCAGCUAUGCCAGUCAGCAGUCCAAGAUCUCUGGUUACAGCACUGAACACUCCCGAUCCUCCAGCCUGUCAGACUUGACUCACCGAAGAAACACAUCCACCAGCAGCAGUGCGUCUGGCGGCCUUAGCAUGACGGUGGAAUGCCCUGAGGGCGAGAGGGAGCACAAACCAGAAAAGCCUCCUCGGCCCCCCAGACCUCUGCAUUUGUCAGAUCGAUCAUUUAGGAGGAAGAAGGAUUCGGUGGAAAGUCACCCAACGUGGGUCGAUGACACGAGAAUCGAUGCAGGUGACAUCGUGGAGAAGAUCAUGCAGAGCCAAGACUUUACAGAUGUCAGCAACAAUGAGGACAGUAACCUGAGGUUGUUUGUGAGCAGGGACGGGACUACCACCUUGAGUGGUAUUCAGCUGGCGACCAGAGUCUCCUCUGGAGUUUUUGAGCCCGUAGUGAUUGAAAGCCAUUGACCACCAUGAUCUUCUGACCGGAGUCAUUCCAGAAGGGAGGGUCCCUUCUUUUUCCAGGGACCACUUCUCCAUCCAUGUCUACUUCUGUCAACUCUCAUCUGAUUUUUGCACUCCAGACCAGUCCUGAGGCUGGGCUGCCCCAAGCUGGCAUUGGGGCCUCCCCUCAUCAUCCGUCUCUCCUCCAUCCACCGCUCUUUAUUCCUUUCCCCGCAGCUGACCCAUCUCAUCACAUGGUGUUCUCGAGAGUAUUUCCCAGGACCCUGGCUGCGGUCUGAUUGUACCACUGUGAAUAUUCUCCAAACCACUAAAGAACAGACAUUCAGACAGAAGAAGAGCCCCAAGGCAGCCUAGCCUUCUGGGGAACCCUGCUUGUACACUCCAGAGCACCCCAUAAACAGAUCCUUCCUCAUCAUAGGAAACUAUUGGCCCAUUCAGAAGGCAGAGGGAAGAGGUAGAGUCUGGUUAGGGAGCUAGCUCCCACCGAGAGACUGUAGGCCCGCUGCUGGGCAGGUUUGUGGCCUCUUGGAGUACGGAUGUGGGUGGACACGCUUCCCUAAAAACAGGAGAAAAGGACUUGUGUUUGGUCCAGCCUACGUCCUUGUCCCAUCCUGCAGUGCUGGUGCUUCUGACUUCCUGGAGUCAGUGUGCAGAGGAAAGGAUCUUCCUGUCCCAUCUUCCUCCCCACCCUGGAAGGUGUGUGGACUGGCCACCCUGGUUCCAGCUGCACCUCGUAGGCAUCUCUGAUUCCUCCCACUAACAACCCUGCAAGGGAGAAGAGACUGGAGACACCUCCCAGAACUUGCUGCAAGACUUUUCUGCUGUCCUUUGGUUCUGAGCUAAAGACUGUGGCUUCCCCCUGCAGCUCCCAGCCUUCUGAUCAUACCCUUGCUCCUCUUUUUAGAGCUUUUGAGCCCCGACUUCCUGCCUCUAGGAGGUCGGGGCCCUUCAGACAGACUUGCCAGGUGGCCUUUGGUAGACCUGCCUUCCCUAUCCCUACCUUGUCCUGGCCUAUAUAUAUAUACCACAUACUUUCAACUUAUAAGCUAUCCCUCUCUUCUCCCUCUUCCCUUUUGAAUUUGCCUGCCUCUGUUUCUCACAGUGGCUCUCUGCACUUUGCACAUGUUUCCCUAGCAGAGCCUCAGGGGGUUGGCGGUUGGCCAUCCCUCUCCCCACCCCAACAAUGCGCACACAUCUUUCUGCCAGCCCCCUCCUCCUCUGUUGCCUUGAGCCUCCCCCUUUGGAAACCUAUGCUUCUUCCUGCUGGCCAGGUCGCCUAAGUAUCACUGGCUGUCAGCCCUCCCCUCCAGCCCCCCCAAUCCCCUCAUCUGUCCAGAGUGGGGAAUACCACCUAAUGCAGGAGAGCAGACUGCCCAGGUGGUAACUGCCACCCCUGAGCUUCCUUACUAGGGCAGGGAGCCACCUACUUUGACUUGGUUUCAGCCCUCCUGGGUAGGCCCGUGACGGGUUCACGUCCCCAGCUGGGUGAAGUUCAGGGGCUCUUUCCCUCUCUACUUGUAAGUCCUGGUGUACUCUCUGCUUGGGGCUGGGUCUUAGGCAGUUGAUGCAACAGAGAAAUUAAGAAAAAAAAAAUUAAGUUGGACCGGAAGGAAGGGAGGGAGAAGUGUCCACAAGCCCCUGGAGGCUGGAGGUAUUGGAACAGGAGAAAAGAGCUUGUAUCCUUUCAGCAAGGCUGGCCGGCUGGGCCAUAGAGCCUUUGUGGUAACUGGAGGUAACCCCACUUACUCAGUGGAGCAGAAUGGGGAUGCCUUCCCCCAGCCUUGACAGGAAUGGGUGAGAUGAGAGGUGCUUGCUCAGUUACAGCUUGGAGCUGUGCUCCCAGCAGGACAGAGCCCCUCCAUUAGCCCAUGCCUCUGGUGUCUGGGCAUCCGUCACCUCCUGCCACUGCCAGAGCUUCUGUUCUUAGCACUUUCUCUCCCCAAUGCAAAGGCCCAGGCCAGGAGAUACAGAGCCUGUGACCUUCUCGUUCAAACCACUGGUUUAACUUUUUUUUGAAUUUCAGUUGCCAAGCUGUAAUUUUUAAUAAACCCAGCAGGCUGGUGUUUGGUUUUGGGGAGGGAUGGGAGGGUUGGUAUUUUUUUUUUCAGUUGAUAAUGGUUUUUUUCCCCUUUUUGCUAUAUUAUUCCCGGAAAGAGAGAAAUCAGUUCCCUGGUUUCUUUUCUUCUCUUCCUUGACUCUACCACUCUGAUCAGUCCCCCAGAGGAGUUGUCAGGUCAAGACCGGGCAUGUAGAGAGCUGGCCCUCUCUCUUAGGUGGGGAAUGUGGGGAGCAGCAGGAAUGGAGCUGUGCUCUAGUCUCCGCCCUACCUUCCCCUGGUCCCAGGAGGACUCAGUUGCCCUUUUUUGUCCUACAUGCCUGUUUCUGGAACUCUGCUGGGGUGAGCAUGGGGUGGGGGGAGGGGGAGUUGGGUCCAGGUUGAUGCUUUUCAUUUUUCUUUUUUGUCUUUUUUUUUUUAACUAACCUUUUAGAACACACUUAUCAGACCUUGCCUGCUAAGUCAGGACUGAAAAUUUGUUGAGUAGAACUGUCCUAGGUUCAGAAAGGCACCAGACUCGGCCCUGAGGGAGCGCUGUCUCUCCCCACUCUUGUGAAUGAUUAGCACUUUAACUGGGAGCCAAUGCUGUGGGGGUCCCUAAGAGGGUAGGGGUGCCCUACCUCCCCUCACAUUCCUUUCUUCUUUCAACAGUUUGGUCUAAGAUCCUAACAAAAAAAAAAAAACUUGAUUAAGGGGGAGGAGGGAUUUGUGGUAUUUUACUGUUCUGGGUUUUUUGAGUGUGCAGCUGGCCUCCACACUUGCUGGGAAAGCCCAGGGGGUCCUGUGAUAUGGGGGUUUGCCAAUCCCUUUGGGAGAGCUCCCUUAAACCUGUUGUCCACAUCAGCCUUGCCCACCUCUACCUCUCUCAAUUGGCAGCUUCAGGACCGGGCUCUUUUUUUUCUUUCCGUUCCCUAGUCUAACCUGGGUUAUUGCUAUUUGCCUAAGAGCUGAAGAAUGAAUGGGGUCAGGGAUAGGAAAGGUCCCUUAGGGUCAUAGGCAUCUAGGACUGGACCUCCAGCUUUCUGGGAAAAGUAAGAACUCAGGCAGCUAUAGAAAACAAAAAUAGAAAGUUUCAGACCAGAGGAGAAUCUGAGGGAAUUAGGUAGUUAGGGGACAGGAAAUUAGAUGAAAACUGCACUGGUCUUUUCAAAUUUUUAGUGAAAUAAUCCCAUUCCUCCCAAACACUCCAACCUGGCCCCCUCCCCCAGUCUCUCCUCUUAAGGGUAGUGUCCUUUCUGAUACCUGGACCUUGGUGGUUCUAACUAGUGCUGUCAAAGCUUUAGAUUCAAAUUCUAUAUAUAGAGAGAUUAUAUUAGAGAUAUUUUUGGAAAGGGGAUAGGUCUAUGCAAAACAGUUUGGAAAUCUGUGAGAGAGUUUUAUCUUUUUUUACUCAGAGAUCUAAAAAAGAGUUAAUAAAGUUCUAGGUCCUCACCUCACCCCCACUCCCUUUCAACCGUGAGUCCCAUCCCAUGAGUAAUUACCAUGGGGAAGGUGUCUAGUUGGGUUUGGGUGAUUCUCAGCUUCCUGGGAUGGAGUAGUCUGUUCCAUCUUUUUUAAAUGGGGUGGGAGGAGGGAGGGAGACAAGAAGCUAAAUUCUUUUUCCUCUUUUUUUUCCCCUCCCCUUAUGGAAUAUCAUUUCCAUCUUUGAUUCAACUGACGAUAUUUGUAUUUCUGUAUCUUGUUCCUAUCAUAGAAAACUACAAUGUAAGGGGAAAUUCAAUCUUUUGUCAAAUUGGCAUUAUGAUUUGGGGCCAAAUAAAACUUAUGGGGUUUUUUUUU